AUGGAAUUGGUGUUGGAGUCAGUUGGAUCUGAUUAUCCUGGUUUAGUACGAGAAGCUCUUACAAAAAAGAGCUCAAGUUCGUGUUCGGGUUCAAUAUCAAGUUGUGGCUAUGCUUGGUUAAUUGUUGAUCGAGAUCUCUAUGUGUGGAAAUAUGACACAGAAGAAGACUCUGCAGAUGGACCAUUAGUGUUCAACUUACCUCCAUCUGGACUUCCUUACAGUGCACAAACUGUUUCCAUAUACAGGAGACAGGGUUUUUCGGCUCCAGGUAUAAUUGCUGUGUCACCAGAAGGUAUUGUACGGCAUUGGUCUCUACCAGAGCGACAACCCACUGACUGUACAGUAAACUUAGAACGCGAAGUUGUACUGUCAGUAACAAGGAUAAACAUAGAAUCAUCAGAAGAUAUUCACUUUGUGCUUGCAACGACCACAUGCUCCUUCUUUUUGUUGAGCACUAGUUCAAGUAUUUUUCCCACACCAGGAAAGAGACAGCGUUUAUCUUCCGAAAUUAUCGUGAAGACAAUUUUUGCAAAUACAAGGACCGGGAUCAGUGCAAAAUUGGUUUCGGCUAUAUUUGGUGAAGGAAAACAGUUCAGAUUAAGGCUUGUUAGGGCUUUGAUAUAUCAGCAGUCUCAUGACGAAGAUUCAGAUUCUUCUAGUAAUACAUCAAAUUCUAUUACUACAGACAGUAUGCAUGUACUUGCAGUGACUGAAUAUCAGCUUCACUCGUAUUCAAUAAAGAAUUCUGCUAAGAGUUGGAGCUGCAAAACAGCCGAUUUAGCUAGCCAACACUUUGCUGUGAAUUUGUGGCCUGAACAUGAUGUUGAUGGACAUAGCGAAUGGCAAGAAAAAGUGAAUUUAUGGAUAUUGGAUGCGGUCAAUAUUAGAGAUGGUGUUCUCAUAUUAUUUGCGUGUAUCAAUAGAAAUAUUUCUACAAAAGUUUAUUUUGCAUUUGGCUAUAUAUCAUCGUAUGAUAGCACUCAUUCUCCUACAGCUUUAGAAUGGUUUUGUAUUUUAGAAUCUCUUUCUAAUGAUUUUCAAUCAGUUGAGGCAGAUGCAGAAAUAAAUGUUGAACUUAGCUUACCAAGUAUCCCAGAACAACUAUUUGAUGACAGAUUGGAGUGUGUUCUUGUUAUUACUCCAAAAGCUGUUCAUUCAUUUGGUUUGCCUGACCGAAUGGUUAAAAAUACUCCAUUAAAAUUGGCUGUGUGUGUUCCAGUUAAUGCAACCAUUAUUAGUUCAGGUCGUGAUGCUUUUCAUUGUUACAUUUUCCUAAAAGAAAGAGGCUUGCAGCGAGUUAGAUUACUCCCGAGAGGAUUUGAUGGAAAUCUAGCACCAACUAUAGCCCAGAUGAGUGAGAUGCAAAUUCAUUCCGAAAAUUUUCCUUCUACCACAACUGAUCGUCAUGUGCUUGCUUUGGCAUUUUAUCUCUUCUCGAAAGCCGAUUUACAUAAAGCUGCUACUGUUAUGAAGGAAUUGCUGGAAAAUCGGCAUGCAGGGAUUGCACAGAUUUGUGUUGAAUAUGCCAUCGAACUUGUUGAUAGUGUUCCAAUCGAUAAGCGAUGGACGGGUGCUGGUUAUUCAUCUCUCUUAGCAUCGGCAGUAGCGAGCGAACUAUCUUCGGGAAGUUCGCUGUUGUUGGAAGUGCAUUUGGAAGGACAGAAAAAAAGAGUUUUAACAAUGUUUGUUCUUUUCAUCAAAAGUGUUGGGCUCGAGGAUAAACUCAAUCGAACUGUUCACACGUAUCUCUGUCAUUAUCGUAGUGCACGUUCUUUAAUUGUAGAGCUCAUUGAGAAGAUUGACAUUGCAAGUGCACUAUAUAAAUGGAACAAAAAAAAUUCGUCAUCGAUUUUUGAAGCUGCCGUAAAUAGAGUAUUACUAAAGCGCAAAAAAAGAAUUGGCGAAGAACAAUUGCUUACUAAGAAAGAUUACUUCUUCCAAGAGAUUUCUCGAAUUCGGGAUAUCUUCGAUGAAAUUUUGGAAGAGGAAGAAUCUAUUUUGGAAUGUAAUCAAGCUAUUGAUUAUAAGCGGGAAUGCAUUGAACAUGUUGGUAUGAUUCUAAAAAUUAUCUUAGAGACGAUUAACGAGCAGCGUACGGUUAGCAUUCUGGACAUAGAGGAUGACUUGCGUUGGACACAGGAAAAGCGUGCGCUGGAGCCAUUUUCACGACAUUUGAGUAUACUACUGCAAUUUAUGAAUCAAAUCGGCAAGGAUUUUCCAAAUUAUGGAACUUUGCUCAGGCAGGCUGUAGCAAUUGCAUCAUUUAUAUUGAAUGAACAAAAACCGGAUGAUCGUCAAGAUUCACCAAUAAUUAGCAAACUUCUGGAAAUUUCCGAGCGCUCCACUGCUUUAGAAUUAGCAGAACGUUUUCAGGAUUACAAAACAGUAGUACGACUGGCAUGUGCAUUACCGGAUGCAGAAAGAAGGACAAAAAUUCAAGAAUAUAAAGAAAUUUUCAACUCAAUCAACUUUUUAAAUACUUUAUUCGAAUAUUAUUUGGAAAAUGGGUACUUAAGAGAUUUACUGGAAAUGAAAGGACCAGAAGUUGAUUCAUUCUUUGCGACACAUACGAACGUUGGUUGGAUACGUGAUCUGGAAUAUGGAGAUUUCACUAAGGCAUGUCGUUCCUUAAUAUCUCUUUCACAGAAAGCGAAUGAUGAUGUAGUACGCAAAAGACGCCUACUUUCUUUUGCGAAGCUUUCGGCAUUGUGUGAUGAUGAAGUGAAUCAGGAUUAUGUAGAAGGCAUAAAAAAUGAUCUACGCUUGAUUAAACACCAGCAAAAAAUUAAUCCAGAUUUAGAAAUGCAACUUUGUUCUUCGGAUGUGACUCCAAAGGUAAAGGCUUGCACUGCAGAAGAAAUUGUACUUACACUUUUGAAUGAUCCUUCAUGUAGUGUCAAGCAGUGCUUCGAUGCAUUAGUGACAUUGUCGACAGUAAUGCGUGAAGAAUCAUCCAGUGAGAUAUCUGGGUUGGUCAACUCUCUGCGUAUGAAAGUAUGGUUAACUGCUUUUAGAAUGAACAGCGAUUACUGGCAAAAAGUCCGUUGUGAUGAUGACCUAAGAAGUUCAACUGUUUAUGAGGAAUUGUUAGAGAUGAUCACAUCCUGUGCUGAAAUAAAAAGUCAGCAAAAAUUGAAAUUAAUACCUGAAGCCGAAGAGUUAAUGGUAUUCUUGCCUGAACUUGCUGACAACAAGUUUAUCACUGUUCUGCUUCAAACUGCUGAAGAAACUGCAAGAAGAAAAAUUCUGAGCAUUCUAAAUACAGAAGUUGUUGAAUAA